AACUUAAAUGGGGGACAGGAGGAAAGGCUGAAUAAACAGUUUGAAAAUAUAUUAUCGAUUACUGAAUGUGAAUGUCAGUGGUUGUUGCGCGCUCCAUUGCGAGCCUUUAGCGAGAGAAGAAUGAGGAUAAAGCCUUCACUUCCGGCAGAACCUGGAGGUCUGGGGAUACAAAAAACACCGGAAGUUAUUGUUUCUUGUAAGCGAGGCUAAAAUCGACACGGUGAGAAAAUUUUCUUUGAAAUUUACUUGGUUAAAAUGAAGUGAAGUAAUUUCUUUAUCCUGGGGAGCACAUUUUUCGUCAUUUAACGGUUGCUCCCUCCUAUUGUAACCUCACCUGAAUCUCCUUGGAUUUACGAUGCCAUCUCUUGAAAAAUAUGUGCAAAAGAUUCACAAGAAGCUGAACAAUGAAAGACUCGAGGAAGCAAAGAUUAAGAAGUAUCUUCAGGAGCUUGACAGAAUUCAAAUCACGCUGGACGUCUUGAAGGCAACUGGGAUUGGAAGGGCUGUGAAUCGAUACCGUAAACAUGGCAAUGAUGUUGGGGAUAUUGCUUCUUACUUAGUCACAAAAUGGAAAGAACUCUUGAAACAAGAACCAGGUGCAAGUCAAACUUCAUCUUCUGAGGCUUGUGAUAAAGAACUGUCUGGUAGUCACGUGGUAAGAGAAUCAAAGGUUGAUCAAAUAAAUAACAAACAUGACAAGUCCAAGCACAAAACUGGUGAAAUCAAACCCAAGAGCCGACCCACACUGCAGCUCUGUGAUAUUUCAUUUGGCUGUGAACCUGUGAACAUCAACAAACAGAAGAAGAGACCCACAGCGUCUGCAGGUGCUGCAACAAAAAUGACAUCAAAUGAGAGUUCAAGACUAGAGCUAGAUCUGCCUCCCCUGCCAUCAUCACUAUCAGUUACAAACUUACUGCUGCCAGAAAUUCAACCCACUUAUAAACCUGUGAGGUUACCUGCUGAGUUCUGUGAUGGUUCACCUAAAAAGAAAAAAGGUGUAGUUGCUGGUGAGGUUGAUGAGCACGCUCUCAUGUCCAGAAAAUCUCGCACUCAGGUGUUUUCAGGACGAAGAUUACAAGCUGGAACCAUUACAUCUCUAUAUGAAUUAUCAAUGAAGAUCUUAAUUGAGAACAUUGAUGCUCUUGGUGACACUGGUGGAGUACCCUGUGACAUUCUUCAACCAGUUCUUGAGAAGUGUAAUCCACAACAACUCUUGCAUUUGGAAGAAUGUAACCCUUAUUUCAUUGAUGACACUGAUCCACUUUGGGAGAGGCACUGUUGUAGAGACUUCAAAGGAACAAAACCUAAUGCAAGCCAGAGCUGGAGGGAACUUUACAUGCAAAAUGAAAUCGAAAGAGAAGAUAGGUUGAAGAAAAUAAAUCAAAAAAUUGCUGCUAGUCAGGCAGCUAAGAAACCUGAACGACAGGCCCGAAUUGCUUAUGCUGAUACAGAGGCCAAGCCUCCCCGUGAUGUUCGUAAAAAGCAGGCUAAAUUUGGGACUGGAUCAGGGGUUUAUCCUUCCAUACCUGUGAUAGCUCCUUCGAGAAGUACUCCACUGGCACACCAAAGAAAUCUUGGUUCUUCUAAUUCACCAGCAAAGAAACAUGCAGUGCCAGCACCAAUGAUGAAAAAGACAAUGAAACUGUUCAAAAACCAGAGGAGCAGAGCCACGACAAGUAUCAAGAGGAAAUAAGAUUUCUCAGGAAGAUGAUUUUGUUUAAGUUGGUAGAGAGGCAAUUCUAAAGCCUUUGAGUAUGUCAGACAUGUUGGAAUAGUUUUUUUUUUCUAGCUGUUGAGCUUUUAGAGUAGGAAUAAUUGUAUUGAAAUGUAGCUGUGGUUUAAGUAGGUUUCCAUUUGUGAUUAAAAUCUCUCUAGAGGUAAGGUGGUGCUUCUUAAACUAAUUAAUAAUUCAUCAAGUUUAAACAAAGGAAAUCGUGAACGUGACAGGGUUUGGAUAUCUGAUCUUAAUUAG